AUGAUUAGAAAUUUAAUAAAGAAAGCUGAUAUGCUUGUUGAUCCUUAUGAAUUUAAUAUUUCACAAAAAGAGAAAUCUUUGACUCCUAUAGGUUUUAAAUCAUUUUAGUUUUAGGGGGAUUCAUAAGUAUAAUCUUAUUAGUUUUUACUUCUUUUUAUAUUGUUGGAGUAUUCUAAAGAAGCAUCCAAAAUUAGAAUACUAUUUAUGCUGGUACAUAAAGUGAUAAAAACACAGAAUUUGUAUUGAGUAAUGAUAAUACGAUAUUUUCAAUGGAACUGUCUACUCUAGAUGGAUAAAUCUUGAGCAAUAAUACAUAUGUUGAAGAGUAUUUAUAUACGGAUAAAAAAUUUAGUUAUUUUACAUUAACUGCAUAAUAUAUUCAAUAAUAAAGAGUUGAAGGUAAAAUAGGUUUUACAAGAAAUUAUAGUUUAUUAAAUCAAUCUAAAUGUUCUCCAGAAAAAAUUGAAUAAUUUAAUUUUAAUUCUGCAUCAAUGACUCAAGAAUAAAAACAAAAUUUAGUUUGUUUUGAUGGCAAUUUCACAUUAUAAGGAUAAUUUUAUGAACCAUAUUUUUCUUACAUUAAAUUAACUGUCAAUGUUUGUAAUAACUCUACAAGCAAAACUUGUAAAACAUCUAAAGAAAUUGAGGCUUUUAUAAACAAAGGGUAAUAAUGAAAACUAUUGAAAGUGUUAAUGUGGAUAUGUUUAUCAAAGGAUCAAAAAUUAAAUAAUCAUUGAAUUAAUCAAGUCCUGCUGAUGUUUUUUCCAAUAAUGUAUUUUGGAGAUUAACUACUGGUAUUGGUGAUAAUGAAGAUAUUUAUAUGUAACCAUUAUAAAUGGAUUUAAGUAAAAUGCAUUUAAAAUUAAUUAGAAAAAAUCUAAUUUUUUAGUGAUAUGUUUAAUAUAGAAGAUUCUGAGAGAUUGUAUAAUGGUUCAGUUGUUUAAAGAUAAGAAAGGAGAUAAGAACCAAUAUCAAUUUCUUCAGGAAUUGGAUUAUGUACAUUUUAUUUAAGGUAUUAAGAUUAAUAAAAUUUAGAGCUUCAUCUGAUACUUCAUUUUAUUUUGUAAUACAAUAAGACUUACCUUCAAUUAUUUUAUCUGCAGUUUCUGAGGCUACUGCUUUAGGUUUAGCUGUUAUGCAAAUAAUCAAAAUAUUUUAUAAAGUUUAUAAUCAGCAUAAGACUUUUGAAAUAUUAAUGAAUUCUGUUUUUAAAUUUGAUUUAAAAAGUGUUUAAAAAAGAAAAUUAUCAUAUGUUAAUUAAUCAUAAACUCCAAGAAAUAUGUAAAAUUCAGCAAAAAAUUCAAAAAAACUAUUACAAUAAGUAAAUUCGUUUCUUUAUAAAGAUUUUCGAUUAUACAAUAAAUUACUCAUUUUAUCAAUACUUACUUUACAUUAUAAGAAAAUAUUUCAAAAGUUGUAAAAACAUAGAAGAUGAAAAGGAAUUGGUUAUAUCAUAAAUAGCUAAAUCUAAGAUUGAAUUUGAUUUAGAUUUAACAAAUAUUUUAAAAAAACUAUAUGAGAUUGAUUGUUUAAAACUAUUUUUAUUUGAUGAUGAUCAAUUAAUGCUUUUCAAUUCAUUUUGUUCACCUGUUUUUUAGGAUUAAAUGACAGAUCAAAAAGAAUUAUUCGAUAUGUUAACAGCAAGUAAUAAAUAGAUUAAAUCAAUAAAUUAAUUUCAAUAGCAAUAAAAUAAUUAAUCACAUUUUGAGAAUAAUUAAAAUAUAAUAAAAUAUGCCGCUACUUCUACAAGUAUUAAAGAAUUAAUAAUUUAGUUCCAAUAAAUGUUAGAUUAGCAAAGUUAACAAGAUUUUUUAAAGCUUAAUUAGGUGCAGAAAAUGCAUAAGAUUUAGUUGACAAUUUUUAAAAAAUAACAGAAAAUAAGAAUAAGAAUUGGUAAUUAAAUGAUUAAUUAAUAUAAUUUGCAAUGUAGAAUAAAAGUUUAUUUAAUCUUGUUUAAUAAAAUUACACAACAAUAUUAUAAAAAAAUGAAGACGAGCAAAGAUUUUUAGAAGAUUAGAUUAGAUUAGAUGUACCAAAUGAAUUAGAUGAUGGUAGAAAAAAUUCAGAAGUUAUAGGUAGUAAAGAUUCAGGUUAAAGUUUAAAAGAUUUAGAGAUUCAUUAAUCUCCAGAUAGUUUUAAAAAUAGACUUUAAUAAGUUUGA